GCAAGAACGAGAGAGAGCGCAGCCCUCAUGCGCAGUGCGAGAUACGAGAUACAUUCGUAUCUGCGAGAUACGCUGCCACAAAAGACUGAAACGGAAAAGUCUGAAAACAGCGGCUCAACUGAAUCCAAACUGGCAAACCAGAAAACAGUUCCAGUGCGAGUGCCGAACGGUUCGGACGUGUGGGCCACGCACCAUCCAAAUCGCGAUUCAGUCAGAAAAAGAUACAAAUAUACAAAAGAUACAAGAUACAGUGAAAGAGAAAUACGCCUAGAGAGCGAAUCAAAAUCAUCCGAAAUAAAUUACAAUGUGCGCUUAGUGAAAAAACCGACAGAAAAGAAUUCAAGUCGAAUAAAAAUAAGAAACAGUGGCUGGGAAAAAUGUCAAUUCGCAGUGACCAAGAGUGAGAAUCGAAAAAAAAAAACGCGAACUACACCCGAAAUAUCCAGUUAGCCAGUUAAGGCUGUUCCCCCACCCCGACCGCACAAAUCGCGCCAGCCAUGGCGGCUUCAGCGCUACCGCUGCAGCUCCUACUCGUCCUGGCCGUGUUCUGGCCGGGAAGCCGACUGGCAGCCGGUGCCCUGGCGCCCAAGGAGAGCCAGGCCAGCCAGGAGUCCAACGCUAGCGCCAUGUUGGGCGCCGGAACCGGAGCAGCUGCCACCGUAUCGCUCUCGGGCGACUACUCCUCGCUGCUGUCCAAUGCGGCGAUCAGCUCCUCCGUCUCCUCGCCCGCCCCCGUGCCAGCCCACAGCGGACCGGCGAACCAGUGCUCCUGGUCCUACAACGGCACCAGCUCCGUGCACUGCGCCCUCCGGCUGAUUGAACGUCAGCCGGGACUGGAUCUUCAGGGCGCCGAUGGCAGCAGCCAGCUCACCAUCCAGUGCAGCGACCUCUACCUCUUCGAGUCCUCGCUCCCGGUGGCCGUCUUCGCCAGACUGCAGACCCUGGAGGUGCUGCGGCUGGAGGCCUGCAAGCUGCUGCAGCUGCCCAACAACGCCUUCGAGGGACUGGCCACACUCAAGUCGCUCCGGCUGAGCACCCACAACAGUGAGUGGGGGCCCACGCGGUCGCUGGAGCUCUUCCCGGACUCGCUCGUCGGCCUGAAGCAGCUGACGGAGCUGGAUUUGGGCGACAACAAUUUGCGGCAACUGCCCGCGGGCUUCCUGUGCCCGGUGGGCAACCUCCAGGUGCUGAAUCUCACUCGAAACCGCAUCCGUACCGCCGAACAGCUUGGCUUCGCUGACAUGAACUGUGGCUCCGGAUCGGGCAGUGCCGGCAGCGAGCUCCAGGUCCUGGACGCCAGCCACAACGAACUGAGGUCCAUUAGCGAGAGCUGGGGCAUUUCGCGCCUGAGGCGACUGCAACAUCUCAACCUGGCGCACAACAACCUCUCGGAGCUAUCGGGGGAAGCCCUGGCCGGCCUGGCCUCGCUCCGGAUUGUGAAUCUGAGCAACAACCACCUGGAGACGCUGCCCGAGGGACUCUUCGCCGGCUCCAAGGAACUGCGCGAGAUUCAUCUGCAGCACAACGAGCUGUACGAGCUGCCACGCGGCCUGUUCCAUCGGCUGGAGCAGCUGCUGGUGGUGGACUUGUCGGGCAACCAACUGACCUCCAACCAUGUGGACAACACCACUUUCGCGGGACUGAUCCGGCUGAUUGUGUUGAAUCUGGCGCACAACGCCCUGACGCGGAUCGACUAUCGCACCUUCAAGGAGCUGUACUUCCUCCAGAUCCUGAAUCUGCGCAACAACUCCAUUGGCCACAUCGAGGACAACGCCUUCCUGCCGCUCUACAACCUGCAUACCCUGAAUCUGGCCGAGAAUCGCCUGCACACCCUCGACGACAAGCUCUUCAAUGGGUUGUACGUCCUGUCCAAGCUCACUCUGAACAACAACCUCAUCAGUGUGGUGGAGCCGGCUGUGUUCAAGAACUGCUCCGACCUUAAGGAACUGGAUCUGAGUUCCAAUCAGUUGAACGAAGUGCCGCGAGCUCUCCAGGACUUGCCCAUGCUGCGCACUCUGGACUUGGGCGAGAACCAGAUCCGCACCUUUGACAACCAGAGCUUCAAGAAUCUGCACCAGCUGACGGGCCUGCGGUUGAUUGACAAUCAGAUUGGCAACAUCACGGUGGGCAUGUUCCAGGACCUGCCGCGACUCAGUGUCCUCAAUCUGGCCAAGAACCGAAUCCAGAGCAUCGAGCGUGGCUCCUUCGACAAGAACUUCGAGCUGGAAGCCAUUCGGCUGGACAGGAACUUCCUCUCGGACAUCAACGGUGUGUUUGCCACCUUGGUCUCCCUGCUGUGGCUGAAUCUCUCCGAGAACCACUUGGUCUGGUUCGACUACGCCUUCAUACCGUCGAACCUUAAGUGGCUGGACAUCCAUGGCAACUACAUCGAGGCCCUGGGAAACUACUACAAGCUGCAGGAGGAGAUUCGGGUGAAGACACUGGACGCCUCCCACAAUCGCAUCACCGAAAUCGGCCCGAUGAGUAUUCCAAACACCAUCGAGUUACUCUUCAUCAACAACAAUUUGAUUGGAAACGUGCAACCGAACGCCUUCGUGGACAAGGCGAACCUGGCCAGGGUGGAUCUGUAUGCCAACCAGCUGAGCAAGUUGCAGCUGCAGCAGCUCCGCGUGGCUCCGGUGGUGGCUCCGAAACCCUUGCCGGAGUUCUACCUGGGCGGCAAUCCCUUCGAGUGCGACUGCACCAUGGACUGGCUUCAGAGGAUCAACAACCUGACCACCCGGCAGCAUCCGCGCGUCAUGGACAUGGGCAACAUCGAGUGUGUAAUGCCCCAUGCCCGAGGGGCUGCAGUGCGUCCGCUGAGUGCCCUGCGUCCCCAGGACUUCCUCUGCCGCUAUGAGUCGCACUGCUUCGCCCUGUGCCACUGCUGCGACUUUGAUGCCUGCGACUGUGAGAUGACCUGCCCCACCAACUGCACCUGCUACCACGACCAGAUCUGGUCCACAAACGUGGUGGACUGCGGUGGCCAGCAGACCACCGAGCUGCCCCGCCGCGUCCCCAUGGACUCCAGUGUGGUGUAUCUGGAUGGCAACAACUUCCCUGUGCUGAAGAAUCACGCCUUCAUUGGCCGCAAGAACCUGAGGGCCCUCUAUGUGAACGGCAGCCAGGUGGCGGCCAUCCAGAAUCGCACCUUCGCCAGCCUGGCCUCGCUGCAGUUGCUCCACUUGGCGGAUAACAAGCUCCGCUCCCUCCACGGCUACGAGUUCGAACAGCUGUCGGCUCUGCGGGAGCUGUAUCUGCAGAACAAUCAGCUGACCACCAUUGAGAACGCCACCCUGGCCCCACUGGCCGCCCUGGAGCUGCUCCGCAUCGAUGGCAACCGCCUGGUGACCCUGCCCAUUUGGCAGCUCCAUGCCGUUCACUUCGGCUCCCGAUUGCGUUCCCUCACCCUGGGAAAGAAUCCGUGGAGCUGCCGUUGCCAGUUCCUGCAGGCCCUCACCUCCUAUGUGGCGGACAAUGCCCUGAUUGUCCAGGACGCCCAGGACAUCUACUGCAUGGCGCUUAGCUCCUCUAGCUCGCGAGGAAGCUCAAACCUGGAAGAUGGCUAUGCCCAGGAGAGCGACAUGGAGAAGCGGGAGCUGGACUUCAACGCCACUGGAGCUGCCUGCACGGACUACUAUUCGGGUGGCUCGAUGCUCCAGCACGGGAUCCCCGAGUCCUAUAUCCCUCUCCUGGCCGCUGCUCUGGCCCUGGUCUUCCUGCUGGUGGUUAUCGCCAUGGUCUUCGCCUUCCGAGAGUCACUGAGGAUCUGGCUGUUUGCCCACUACGGCGUCCGGGUGUUCGGGCCUCGUUGCGAGGAGUCGGAGAAGCUGUACGACGCCCUGCUUCUGCACUCGGCCAAGGAUUCUGAGUUCGUGUGCCAGCACUUGGCCGGCCAGCUAGAGACAGGGCGACCACCUCUGAGGGUGUGCCUGCAGCAUCGCGACCUGGCCCACGACGCCACUCACUACCAGCUGCUGGAGGCCACCAGGGUGUCCAGGCGCGUUGUGAUUCUGCUGACCCGCAACUUCCUCCAAACGGAAUGGGCGCGCUGUGAACUGAGGCGAUCCGUACACGACGCCCUGAGGGGCAGACCCCAGAAGCUGGUGAUCAUCGAGGAGCCGGAGGUGGCCUUCGAGGCGGAGAGCGACAUCGAGCUGCUGCCAUACCUGAAGACCUCAGCGGUGCAUCGCAUCAGGCGCUCCGACCGCCACUUCUGGGAGAAGCUGCGCUACGCCCUGCCCGUGGACUAUCCGACCUUCCGGGGCAACAACUACACCUUGGAGCUGGACCAUCAUCACAACCACGAACGGGUGAAGCAGCCGGCCAGUCCUGGCCUGCUCUACCGCCAGGCUCCGCCGCCCGCCUACGACGGAGUGCCUCCCACCGCUCAGCAGCAGCAGCAACAGCAGCAGCAGAAUCCGGGAGCACUGGAGCAGAACUACUCCACGGCAACCACAGCCACGCCCAGUCCCAGGCCACAGAGGCGGGAUGUUGGUCCCGCACCGGGAGUCGGUCCCGGAGCCGGAAACCAUCACCUGCGCGCCGAGUACUACCAGCACCAUGGGAUGCGUCCGCCCUCGGAGCACAUAUACUCCAGCAUCGACUCGGAUUACUCGACCCUGGACAACGAGCAGCACAUGUUGAUGAUGCCGGGCGGUCAUCCCAUGGAGGGGGCCCAGCGGGCUCAGACCUGGCGCCCAAAGAGGGAGCAGCUCCAGCAGCAGCAUCCGCAGGUCCAGGCCGGUACCCUCGGCUCCAAGGCAAGCCAGCAACACCAGCAGCAGCAGCAACAAGCACAGCAGCAGACAGGAUCCGUGGCAGGACAGCAGCAAGGACCUCAUGUCCAGGCUUAUCUCGUGUAAGGGAGAGUGUCAGUGAUUUCUUUAGGGACUGGUUCCUGUGCAUAAUUUUAAUUACUAAAAUAUAUGUGCGCUAAGAGUAAGCUAAGAGAGUGGAAGGACGAGGCGGCAGGAAGAAGGAGGUGGGAUUUUAACGUUUGUUUAUUUAGUGCAAAGUCAUUUUAGAUGCACAGAACAAAUGCAGAUGGAGAUGCGGACGCAGAUGCGGAUGAGGAUGCUACAGAAACAGACCCACAAGACACAUGAUACUGGGCCACGAACCACUGACGAGGGCCAUGUCAAGUGUGUAUCUAGCAAUGUACUACAAUGCCAUUUCAAAAGUUUUCAAACUUUCGCCACACACAGCAAACUAAGUUUACCAAGUGCCCCACCACCACCACUCCUGCUCCGGCUAGAGCUCCACAUGAACUUGCUCUUCGGCUGGCAUUUGCUUAGCCUUGAAUCGCUGGAGGGGAGAAUUUGUGAUAACUUUUUAAUAUGGUUUUAAUCAGUUGGACUCGAGAACUCGACUCUCCAAACUCCAAACUCGAAAGAUUCUCCAAUUUCACUUCUUCUGUGAGACUUGAAGCCGAAGGGCAGGUUUGCAUCUUAGGAGGCUGCCUCCAAAUUGAUUGUUUAAUGAUUGACUCGAUAAUUGGCAUUAAUCCGAAAUGGUAUCCUCUAUUAGAUCAAAAUCAUGUCUGUGUGUCUGUGUCUUAGGCAUCAAUUUGUAAAUAGCCCUCCAUGCCGUGUUUACUGCCCAGAACCUAGACUUAAACACACACAUCUACACAUAAAACAUACAUAAUAACGUACAUAUAGAAACUGAAUCCAUACAUUUGCAAAUUUGUAACCCCAUGGGGAUAAUUCAAUAAUCACAUUCAAGUACACAUGUAAAUUCUGUAUGCCACGGCGAGCCGUAAAAUCGAUAAAUGCAUUUAUCAAGUAUAACCCGGAAUCUGUAUGUAAAAAGCAUAAAUAAUUAGCUAGCUAGCCUGGGUAACUACUUCAUACUUACCACAAUAUAAAUACCGAAUACAAAAACAGUGAAAAGCUCAUUUUAAACAUUUACGCUUACGAAAAACUAACGAUAAUUGUACGAAAACAAAAGUUCGGCAUACUGGCAACGCGGCGUAUACACAAUAUGCAUAGCUAAUUAUAUACAAAUACCAUAUACAUAUAUAUAUAUAUAUAUAUUCGUGGAUAUAUCAAUGUGCGUGUCUGCAUGUACGUGACUGUGUAAAGUAAAGCAAAAACUAAACUGAUAUUAAAGAACUACUACGCAUAUAUAUAACAAACAUAUGUAUAUCUACACAAGAAGAAUAUCUAACAACUGCCUAUAGAAAGUACUCGAGAGCAUUUUAUUCCGCACACUCGCCUACUCGUCAUUAAUUAAGUAAAUCGGUUCGAAACUAUCGCCAGUUAGAGAUAUAUAUACGAGGAUGACAGACAAGACGACACUCAUAAGACACAUGUACCAGUAUGAAAGCCCAAAACUGUUAUUUAUUUUUAUCAUUUUGUAAUAUAAUAUUGUAUUCUAUAAUUCGACGAUAAGCUCUAAGUUUAGUUCUAAAGCAGCUCUACGAUAAUGUAUAACCUAUGGAUAAUUCAAUUUUGUGAAUACAACUAUUUAUAUAUAUAUACUAUAUAUACAUCUAUGUAUGAUUACAACAAAAACCAACACAACAAACAACAAAACAAAACAAAACAAAGAUAUUUUUCUGUUUCGCCAGCGAACAAUGCAAAUGAAAUGAACAACUUUUUUAAAACAAAAA